CCAGUGGCGAGCAAAGUCUCCACCAGGCCAAUGGAGCAGGAGCUGCUGCGGAUCCUGCGGGGCCUCAAGUCCCCGCGCCACCUGCUGCAGGCCCACGCCCAGCUCCUCGCCCGCGGCCUCGCCAAGAGCCCGCGCCUCCUCCCGGCCCUCGUCUCCGCCGCGCUCUCCGCCUCCUCGUCCCCCGCGCGCCACGCCGCCGCCGCCGCGAUCCUCCGCGCCGCCGGGGCCGCCGCCUCCACCGUCGCGCACAACACCCUCAUCGAGCGCCUCGCCGGGCGCCGCGGCGGCGGCGGCUCCGCGGAGGGCGCGCUCGCGGCCUACGCCACCAUGCGCGCCGCUGGGGUGGCCCCCAACGGGUUCACCUUCACGUUCCUGCUCCGCGCGUGCGAGUCCCUGAGGCGGCUACCGCCGUGCCGGUGCGUCCACGGCCAGAUCGUGCGGUGCGGGUUCGGGCCCGACGUGGUCGUGCAGAACGCGCUCCUGAACGUGUACUACAAGUGCGGCGACCUGGGGGACGUCGGGGCUGCUCGGGGGGUGUUCGACGGAAUGCCCGAUAGGGACGUGGUUUCCUGGAACUCCAUCGUUGGGGUGUACAUGUCAAGCGGAGAUGCCGCGGGGGCGAUGGAGCUAUUUGAGGCGAUGCCGGAGAGGAAUGUCGUGUCAUGGAACACGGUUGUUGCCGGAUUCACGAGGGCUGGAGACAUGGUGUCAGCUCGCUCCGUCUUUGACAGGAUGCCGAUCCGGAACACCAUUUCUUGGAACCUGAUGAUCUCGGGGUAUGCAACAAGCGGUGAUGUGGAGGCUGCACGAUCGCUUUUUGACGAGAUGGACCGGAAGGAUGUGGUUUCGUGGACGGCGAUGGUGUCUGCUUACGCAAAGAUCGGGGAUAUAGAUUCAGCCAAAGUGUUGUUUGAUCUGAUGCCUGUGAAGAACUUGGUUUCGUGGAAUGCGAUGAUAACAGCGUACAAUCACAACUCGAGGUAUGAUGAGGCACUGCGCACAUUUCAGCGGAUGAUGAUUGAGGGAGGAUUCAUGCCUGAUGAAGCUACAUUAGUAAGUGUUGUCUCGGCCUGUGCCCAGCUGGGCAGUGCUGAAUAUUGCAACUGGGUCAGUUCUUACAUUAGUAAGAGCAACACUCAUAUAACUGUUGCUCUAGGAAAUGCUCUCAUAGAUAUGUUUGCAAAAUGUGGAGAUGUAGGAAGAGCGCGUUCAAUUUUUGACAGAAUGAAUACAAGAUGCAUCAUUACAUGGACAACAAUGAUUUCUGGUUUUGCUUACAAUGGACAGAUUAGAGAAGCCCUGUUGAUCUAUAAUGAAAUGUGCAGAGAAGGAGUCGAACUGGAUGACACAGUCUUUAUUGCUGCACUUGCUGCUUGUGCUCAUGGAGGUUUAUUGCAAGAAGGUUGGAGCAUUUUUAAGCAAAUGGUUGAGCACUAUGGGAUUGUGCCAAGAAUGGAGCACUAUGGAUGCAUGGUGGAUCUACUUGGUCGAGCUGGUAUGUUACAAGAGGCAGUUCAAUUUAUUGAAAGCAUGCCUCUAAAGCCUGGGGCUAUCAUUUGGGUAACUUUGCUUAGUUCUUGCAUUGCACAUGGUGAUGCAGAGUUGACAGAGUAUGUCAGCACAAAGGUAGUUGAAAUAGAACCAUUUAAUUCCAGUUAUCAAGUGUUGGUCUCCAAUUGUAGCGCUCUAGAGGGAAGGUGGGGCAGUGUGUUGGAUGCACGCAAAACAAUGCGUGACUGGGGAAUUGAGAAAACACCUGGUAGUAGCUUGAUCCAGGUAGGAAGUGAAGUCCAUGAGUUUUUGGCUAAAGACACAAGGCACCAAAAAAGAGAACAGAUAUAUGAAACUCUGGAUGGUUUGAUAGCCAUCAUCCGACAUUCAGAGCACACACCUUGGAUAAGUUAUUGCAGCGCACUCUAGUAAUAGAAAGCUUUUCUUUGAGUAUUUGCCAUCUUACAGGUAAAGAGUAAACUUCAGACUGGAUUCUUUGGUAGGCCUAGUUUUGAAUAGGCAAUCAGGGCUUGUGAGCUUUGUUGCCAAAGUUGUGAUUAGAUCAACAAUUGAAGGAUUAAUGGCAUCCAUGGCCAGUAGAGGACUAUUCUUGGAUAGGUUGAGUAUUCAUGAUGUUGCCAGGUUGGUUGUGUGCUGUACUGCUGUGCACUUGACAUGUGAAGGAAAAGCUGAUUCAGCUGUGGCCAAUGAUCUGCAAUAUUGUGGAACUGAGGACCUCUAAUGAGUUACAAUUGUAUUAAGUUGGCCAGAUAUGUCGAUCUUGAAUGAAAAUAGUAGGCACUUUUGCAGCAACUACCAGGCUGGGAAUUAACACUGAACUGCUUUUAUAUAAGAUUUCUGAGACUGCCAUUGACAUGAUUCGAUCUUAUGCCAGUGUUCAAGAGGAGCCUACUUAGCAUCUUAGAUGUUUCAGUAAGCACACCAACCAGUCAAUCAAUGACAGACCAUACAAACAAGCAUGUUAUUCUGGGAUAUGAAAAUUAUGAACUUACUAGUCUGACCUCAUCCUGGCCAAUACCCCUCCUAACAUCUAGCAUGCUAUGGACUACAACAGAUUAUUGUAAGAUUCACAACAAUAUUAACAAAUCCGGUCUAGAAAAAAGCAGUUACUUUGUGAGCCCUGAAUGUGCUUAUGCAUUUCAAAGCAUGUAUUUUUUUCCUGCAAAAAGAAGGCAUGCACUUUCUGAUACCUUUAAAUAACUAAUCAGGAUUUUCAAUUUGAUACAAUCAAUUAUACAAGCAUUGGAUCUCAACUUAUCACAUCAUAUUCUACAAUAUAACUGGUUAUACUUUGCUCUGUUCCAAAAUAAUACGAUAUCAACUUAAUAUAUACUCUUCUUUGCUCUAAGCAUUCAUUGGGUCCUCGCUUUCUGCAGCCUGCGGAACUGCAUCAUUAGUCUCUCAGGAUGCAAAAUUCAUGCAAUUUGAUUUCCCUGUGAUAUGCUGUCACCCACAAAAUUGUAGCGAUUUUGACAGAAUUUUGUACCUGAUGCUGCAGCUAUUGAGCAUAUCUUGUUUUGGUGAGGUUGAUCCAGUUUGCUUAUGAGGAACGUUGAUCUUUCAAGUCUGUACAAUUCUCCGGAACAAACUUAUAAAUACUCCAUGUGCCCAGUAGUUCAGUUGACAUGCUAGAGUUCUGAAGACAGUUGCUGUCUUCUGGUCCCAUUUAUAAAUGAUGGUACUCAUACAUGCUGGAACCCAGAAGCAUCACUUCCAUGUUCAACUACCCAAGACUACCACAAUGCUGGGUGCUCCUCAACUACCUUCAGUGGUACUUCUUGUGUUUCUCAUGUGCAGCUUGGACCAUGAUGUGGCAGCCUUUAGAGCAAAUGGUGGCGACCACAAGAGGCAAUUUCACAAGGCCUCCUCCCCAAAACGGAGGAAAAUAGGUUGAAAUUUGCUAGAUUUUGUCUAGGCAAAGCUUCGCCUCUCCUGGGCAUGAUUGAUGGAACCUUGACCAGAGGCUCCAAUGGGAGUGUCAGUUGUGCCAUGUGGAUCCCCUGUUUCCUGCCCGGUUCUUGGACCCCAGAAGCGUAUAUAUUGCCUCUUCAAUCAUCCUAAUGAAUUACAGCCACUUUUCGGUUCGUUGCAGUUAUCCCUUUGCUUCCCGAAGCUGGAGCACUGCACUGAAGCCGUGAAGGUGGGUUGUUGUCUGGAGAGGGAUGGCUCUAUCUGAAUCUCCAUGUAUGGCUGGGACGUUCAAUAAUCAUGCCAGUGAGGCAUGGAGGUGCCCAGGGACCAGAAAAUGACUAGAUUCAACAAUGAAACAGAAUGUAUUUACAUGUUCAUGGUAACUCGGUUCUAUAUAGUACAGAACUCAAAUCA